CUUCUUCUUCUUCUGCAACACAAUAGAUCAAUUACUGCUCACGGUCACAGUUUGAGUGCAUCGUCAUCAACUCGAAGGAGGCUGUCCACACCUCAGGCGGUUUUAUUUAUUCAUCAGCUCGACCAACCUCCCUUGGGCGUGAAAACGUUACAGUCCACAGCCAUCGGGCCUUGGGCAACGCAGAAAUAAUCUCGAGGAUUUUUAUCGUGAGAUGACCCGUGGAAACCAGCGCGAAAUUGACAGGGCUCGUGCAGCCAAACGCAACGCAGGUUCAGGAACUUUGAAGGACAAAGAUGGACUGACCGCUGCACAGCGCAAGGAGAGGGACGCGCUUGCUCUGCAAGCCAAGCAAGCAGCAAAAGCUGCUGCAAAGGCUUCAGGUGGAGAGAACGGGAAAAAAUGACAUAGGCGCGCCACUUGCUGUUGCUGCUGGUGAACAUGGCUAAGGGAACGGGCAAAGGAAGUAGCAAUGCCACCAAACAGAUGCAGGAUUCCUGACCUGAGGUAGACAAAUCUAAGCGCGCUGAUUCUUGGCUGAAGUUGGCCCCACGGAUAAUGUCACACUGCUCGAUGUCGGUGUAAUGUCUUCGCAUCC